GCGGAUAAUCUCCAGUACGCGCACGCCUUGUGGACGUAAAUACGUCAGAGGACCGCGCCGACGUUCUUUCUUUCUCUCGUCCUGAAGAUGGCGGCAGGGACUCUCUACACAUACCCAGAGAACUGGCGGGCAUUCAAGGCCCAGAUUGCAGCCCAGUACAGUGGCGCUGCCCUGAAAGUUGCCAGCACCACCCCUGCCUUCACCUUCGGGCAGACAAACCGUACUCCUGCUUUUCUCCAGAACUUCCCUCUUGGCAAGGUACCAGCUUACCAGGGAGAUGACGGCUUCUGUCUGUUUGAGAGCAAUGCCAUUGCUCAUUACUUGAGCAAUGAGGCCCUGCGUGGUGCCACCCCCCAGGCCGCAGCACAGGUGCUCCAGUGGGUGAGCUUUGCUGACUCGGAGAUCAUCCCUCCAGCCAGCACAUGGGUAUUUCCCACUCUAGGAAUCAUGCAGUUCAACAAGCAGGCCACAGAACAGGCCAAGGAGGACGUAAAGAGAGCUCUGACGGUGCUGAACCAGCACCUGAACACCCGCACCUUCCUUGUGGGUGAGAGAAUUAGCCUGGCUGACAUCACUGUGGUCUGCUCCAUGCUCUGGCUUUACAAACAGGUCCUUGAGCCUUCUUUCCGUCAGCCGUACAACAAUGUGAACCGUUGGUUUAUCACCUGUAUCAACCAGCCCCAGUUUAAGGUGGUUCUUGGUGAGGUGAAGCUGUGUGAAAAGAUGGCUCAGUUUGAUGCCAAGAAGUUUGCUGAAAUGCAGCCCAAGAAAGAGGCCGCUCCUAAGAAAGAAAAAGCACCAAAAGAGGCAGCCAAGCCCCAGGAGAAGAAAGAAAAGAAAAAGGAGGAGAAGAAGGAGGAGAAGAAGCCUGCCCCUGAAGAGGAUAUGGACGACUGUGACGCUGCUUUGGCUGCUGAGCCAAAGAGCAAGGACCCUUUUGCACACCUGCCAAAGAGCACAUUCGUCAUGAUUGAGUUCAAGAGAAAGUACUCCAACGAGGACACUCUGGCAGUAGCCAUUCCCCACUUCUGGGAUAACUUCGACAAGGAGGGUUACUCCAUCUGGUACAGCCAGUACAAAUACUCUGAUGAGCUGACACUUACCUUCAAAAGCUGCAACCUUAUCACUGGUAUGUUCCAGCGCCUUGACAAACUCAGAAAGAAUGCCUUUGCCAGCGUCAUCUUGUUUGGCACUGACAACAACAGCAGCAUCUCUGGCAUCUGGGUCUUCAGAGGCCAGGAACUGGCCUUCCCUCUCUAAGCAGAUUGGCAGAUUGAUUACGAAUCAUACGACUGGCGCAAGCUUGAUUCAGACAGCGAGGAGUGCAAGACAAUGGUGAAGGAAUACUUCGCCUGGGAGGGAGACUUCAAGCACGUGGGUAAAGCCUUCAACCAGGGUAAAAUCUUCAAGUGAGAGAGAAAGACACAAGCAAGUCUGAAACAAAAAGCACUCUGCUCUCCACACAUGAAACCAAUGGACUUAUCCAACAUGCGUGCGCUUAUUUACAAAAAUGACAGUGUUGAGACGAGUGAGUUUUGUCUCAGUGGCCCCAAACUGUUUUUUUGUUUGACCUGAGAAAUAAAGCAUUUUCAAUAAUGCCAUCAGUGGAA